AUUGUCAAAAUACGUGUCCAUUGGCCUAUUGGGUGGCUUUUAUGUUAUCUAAAUGCAAUUAAUAGGCACAGAUAGAAUAAAUGAAAGGUUUCACGAACUACAAAAAUAAAAUAAAUUGAAUUUAAUUUACGCUAAUUUGCUCAAUAGCUGGUUAUUCCGAUUUUAUUCGAGGAACUCGUUACCAAGGAAAUUUUUAGCUGUACCUGAGAACAAAAAUGGCUCAAAUUUUAAAGACAAGCCUAAGUUAUUUUCUGAACGAAGAAUGUAUUGAAACAUAUUUGAUCUAUCAUGAUUUUUUCGAUGGUGCGUGUUUUAAAUCACUUUUGAGUAAAUGCCUUGGUUAUGGAAUUAUCGCCGGUUCAAUUUUGGUUAAAGUACCCCAGGUACUGAAACUGUUAAACAAUAAAUCUGGCGAAGGUAUUAACUUGAUAAGUGUUCUCCUGGAUCUAAUCGCUAUAACGUCACACAUGUCAUACAACUACGUUAAGGGGUAUCCAUUCAGUGCAUGGGGAGAUAACACCUUUCUAGCACUACAAACCGCUGCCAUUGCUGCGUUAGUUCUCUACUAUGGUGGAUCGAAAGCUUUGUCUUUGAUAUUUUGUUUUACUUACGCGCUCAUAGUCUACUUACUUAAUUGCGGCUUUACACCAAUAAAUGUGUUGUUGGUAGCGCAAGCGUUUAAUAUACCUAUUUUACUUUUGGGUAAACUCUCACAAGCUUGGACUAAUUAUAAAAAUGCCUCUACGGGCCAGUUGUCUGCGGCGACUGUAUUCUUGUUAUUCGCCGGAUCAUUGGCACGUAUUUUUACGUCUGCUCAAGAAACUGGAGAUUUUAUGAUGAUCGCAACAUUCUGUGCAUCAACAUUUGCGAAUGGGGUGAUUGCUAGCCAAAUGUUGUACUAUUGGAAUAAACCAGGCAAAGGCAAGAAAGUCAAAGUCGGCAAAAUUGCGUCAAAUACUACCAGCGCUCCUAAAAAGACGAAAAGCAAAAAAAUUGACUAAAGAAAGAAGAUGAAUUUCAAUUGUAAUUUUCUUGUUUAAAAGGAAAUUUAGCCGACUUACUCAAUAAAUAUUCGUAUGCAAAUGAAGAGAUGAAUUUAAAUGCUAAACCAAACAAAUUAUGUUGGUGGUACUAAAUUAGUGUUAAUAUUGUUGGUUGAAUUAAAAUAUCAACUUUGGAAACCUCAAACUCAGUUUAUAUGUAUUUUAAUUUGCAAGUAAAGAAUGUAAAUUGUUUUAAAUUUAAAUAAAUGAAAGUAACACAAACUACGCACUACUCAAA